AUGAGCAACGGGAAUGAAAUUUCCACUUAUUCUGCUCAGGUUCGGUUAUAAAUACGUUAAAGUAAUGGUGAUUUCAAUUCAUAAUUUUAUCAUGUCCAAAACAUUGCGGAAUGCUACUAAUUCCACUUGGCCAGUUACUUCAGAUUUCACCAAUGUUUCCCUGGAACCAGACCAGCAAAAGAAGAAAAAGGUUCCACGAAGACUGAUACAUUUUAGUGAUGGUGUAUUGGAAGAAUAUUCCACAGAUGAAGAUGAUGAUGAACCCCCUCCACCUCCUCCAGUUGAUCCAAAAACAUUGACUUGGGGACCAUGGUUCUGGUUUUACAUGUCUUCAGCAGCAUUUAAAACACUUGGAGUGGCGGAUUCAUGUGGGGAGAAGUUAGCCUGGUUCUUUGGUAUAACCACCCCAAAAUAUCAGGCAGCUAUUGAUGAGUUUUACAGAUUAAAAGCUGAGGAGGAGAAAGAGUUAGAAUAUGAACAAAGGGCACGUGAAAAGAUGCAGGAGUUUUCUAGUAUAGACGUAAAAGUUAUAGAUCAGGCGAGAGACAAAGGUUCAGGAGACAGCCAAAGAGAAAAAUUCUGAAAUUCUUUGAUUAUAACAUUUUCCUUGCCUUGUGAUCUGAAAUUACACUGAAGUUUUGUGACAGAUGAAACUAUUAAGGGUCUUACCCAGACCCAUGUAACUUUUAAACCAUUGAAUAAGAAGUUCAAUAAGAAAAAAAUGCAAAGAGUAACCACAGUUCAAAAUCACGGAUUUCGUAAUAUCGGGGGAAAAAACAGUUGAAACUCGGUAUCAAUCCAAGAGAUGGAGCGUUUUACUUUGAAACAACCAACAUUGACUUAAAAUGAUAUUUUGUACAUGUGUUUUUUGUUAAGUAAAUGUUUAAUUUGUUUUCUUUAAGUAUUAUCAUAGGCAAUGUAAUAUAUGAAAUGAGAAAAGAAAUCAAGGUAGACAUACUGAUUUUUAGCUCAUCUGAUUUUUGGAAAAAAAAGUGAUGAGUUAUUGUCAUCACUUGAUCGGUUUUGGUGUUGCCUGGUUAAGUUUUAUGUUUAGGUCAGCUUUUCUCCUAAACUAUCAAAGCUAUUGCUUUGGAACUUGCAACACUUGUUCACCAUCAUAAGCUGACCCUGUACAGCAAGAAACAUAACUCCAUCCUGCUUUUUGCAAGAUUUAUGGCCCCUUUUGUACUUAGAAAAUCAGAUUUCUUGGUUAAGUUUUAUGUUUAGGUCAACUUUUCUCCUAAACUAUCAAAGCUAUUGCUUUGAAACUUGCAACACUUGUUCAUCAUCAUAAGCUGGCCCUGUACAGCAAGAAACAUAACUCCAUCCUGCUUUUUGCAAGAGUUAUUGCCCCUUUUGGACUUAGAAAAUCAAUUUUCUUGGUUAAGUUUUAUGUUUAGGUCAGCUUUUCUCCUAAACUAUCAAAGUUGUUGCUUUGAAACUUGCAACACUUGUUCACCAUCAUAAGCUGACCCAGUACAGCAAGAAACAUAACUCCAUCCUGCUUUUUUCAAGAAUUAUUGCCGCUUUUGGACUUAGAAAAUCAGUUUUCUUGGUUGAACAAUAUGUUUAAGUCAGCUUUUCUCAUAAACUAUCAAAGCUAUUGCUUUAAAACUUGCAACACUUGUUCACCAUUAUAAGCUGACCAUGUACAGCAAGAAACAUAACUCUGUCCUGCUUUUUGCCAGACUUAUGGCCCCUUUUGGACUUAGAAAAUAUCAGAUUUAUUGGUUAAGUUUUAUGUUUAGGUCAGCUUUUCUCCUAAAUUAUUCAAGCUAUUGCUUUGAAACUUGCAAUAGUUGUUCACCAUCAUAAGCUGACUAUGUACAUCAAGACAUAUAACUCCAUCCUGCUUUUUGCAAGAAUUAUGGCCCUUUUUGGACUUAGAAAAUCAUGGGUAGGACAAUUUUUCUAUUAUACAAAAAAAAUCAGAUGAGCGUCAGCACCCGCAAGGCGGUGCUCUUGUUUCAGUUUCUACAUGGCUUAAGCAUAGUUACGAUUUCUGAAUAUUUAUUAUAGAAUGACAAAACUUUUCUUUGAAUGUUGAAAAAAUCAUACUUUUUCAAAUGUACUUUUUCCUACAAAGAGAGUUUAAAGCAGUCUAUGUUUCAAUGUUUUCCUGUUGUAUUUAUUCUUGAUAUUUUUUGUAAUUUGACAUUAAUAUUUAAAGGGACAUGCCUCCAGAUGUAAAUUUCAUUAAAAGUUUCACAACAUGUAGAGAAUAUCUAACCUUAUACAUAAGUAUUAUUUAAGUUUUUGUAUUGGCAGUAAAGGCCAUUUCACAGUAAACCUGAACCAAAGCUAAACCAAAAACAGUUAGAAUAACUUGUGGAAAGUGGAGCAUUUCACAUCUGCGCGGGAACGAAACCAGAUAGUAAACUGAAACGGAACCAAAAAACAUGCACUGCUGGAAACCCUAGCUGGGUAGCCAAAUGUGUCAGAAAAGAUGAAACGGGUCACAUUUUCCCACAAGUUGGUUGACUUACAUAUUUUCACUCUGACAUUUAAAUAAAAAAUCAUCUAAUAUGUGAAAGCCCUAUCCGAUUUCUGAAACAAAAAACCAACACCGGUUCAGUUUCCAUUCUGGCUUGGUGUAUUUGUGUAAUGGUCAUCAUCUGUAAAAUACUGCCAAAAUAAGACAGUAUGACAUCAGAUUUGUAUUUUGUGAUGAUCAUUUACUGUGAAAUCAUUUUUAUAUGCGUAGGACGAGUUUUCGCAUAUUUCGCGCUAGGACCGAUGCGCGAAUUUAAGACCACGCUAUUAUUAUUUUUUUAUUUAAUUUCUUCAUUUCUAAAAUUGAAAAUGCGCGAAUUAAAGCUCGCGCGAAACAGUCCUUUUUCACGUUUGCACGAAAUUUCAUGCCAGCGAAUUUAAAUGAUUUCAAAGUAUGACAAGUUUUCUACAUAUUUUUCAUACUUCUCGAGUAUUUUAUAAGCAAAUACUGUUUAGAACUUGCAGUACCACUUGGUUUAAAAUUUACAUUUUAUUUGUAAUUAAAAACAGUUUUCAUUUUUGAAACUUUUAACAUAUAUCUGGAGCCAUGCCCCUCUGAGGGAUUAUCUAAACGUUUUUUACUUGCUAGAAUUCAUUCAGUGCAUUCCAUUAAGGUUGUAAUACAUGUAAUGUGUUGAAUUACAAACUCAGUGACAUCGUUGGAAAAAUAUGAAAUCAUUCGGUUUUACCGAUUCCUUACCCUUGUGUGAUUGUAAGAAGUGAUUAAUAGGGUCUGAACACUUGAUAAAUAUUUUGAAUGUAUGUCUCGUAUUUUUAUUUUGAUGUAAAUGAGAUGUAAAACUAAAAUUUGUGUUUGAACUCCAUAAAACCCAAAUCAAAAAGGAAGUAUCAUGUUUGAGGAUGAGCCCAUUUUAUUAACUGUUUUCUGUUACUGCAUCCAAAUUUUCAUUCAUUUAGAUUAUUCAUCUUUUGCAUGUUUUUAGUUGAUUAUUUAUUAUCUGUUUAUAUAAAAUAAAAAAAGAUGUCCAUAA